AUGUUAAACUUCCGCUCAAUCGAUCCGCUCAUAGAAUUAGCCUUCGAAGAGGAUAUCGGUAUUGGCGAUAUUACGACUGAAUCCACAGUUGCCCCGUUACAGCAGGGGUUAGGUACAAUCCUCACCGAAACUGAAGGCGUAAUUGCUGGACUGCCGAUUGCGCAGCGUGUUUUUGAAAAGCUUGAUCCGGAUCUUAAUUUCCAGAUGCUUGUUGCUGACGGUGAUUCCGUCGGAAGCGUGACACCAAUUGCAACGGUGGAAGGGAGCGCGAAAUCUAUCCUCACCGGUGAGCGUAUUGCGCUCAAUUUUCUACAACGCCUUUCAGGAACUGCCACACUGACCGCGCGGUUUGUUGCUGCUACAGCCCAAUACGAUGUCAAAAUCAUCGAUACCCGAAAGACCACCGCCGGCUGGCGAACGCUACAAAAGUACGCGGUUCGUGUCGGCGGCGGAGAAAACCACCGCUUCGGGCUUUACGAUGGCGUACUGAUUAAGGACAAUCACAUUGUCGCUGCUGGGGGAGUUGCAAAGGCAAUCGAACGGGCACGGUCGGCUGUACCUCACACAAUGAAGAUCGAAGUUGAGGUUGAGACACUCGACCAAGUCGCAGAAGCGCAGGCGGCAGGCGCGGACAUCAUAUUGCUCGACAACAUGCCGGUCAAUUUUAUGAAGGCUGCUGUUGGAGAAAUUGAUGAGAACGUUCUCACUGAAGCAUCAGGGGGGAUUACAUUAGAUCAGGUCGAAGCCGUUGCGGCGACGGGGGUAAACUUUAUCUCCGUCGGUGCGUUGACGCAUUCAGCGAUGCCGUUGGAUAUUCGUUUGGACUUGGAGAUGAAAUAA